AUAGCUCCACCAGCAUCCCGCUAUAUUCCCUAUAUAUGGCUCGAUCUCAAAAUCAAACAAAUCCUUUCAAGAAGAACCAUCACGUCUACCUCAAGAAUUACUUAUAAUUUGCCCUUCGAAGCAUAAGUCUACAUAUAAUUUGCUAUGAAUUUCGGCGCAAUCAACACCCCACCGAAAUAUGUCAUCGCUUCGAUCCUGGCCUCAUUUGGGGCCAUUGUUUUUGGAUAUGACACUGGAAUUAUAGGUCCAGUGACAGUAAUGACUCAGUUUGCAGACAGUUUUGGCGAUUUCUCGGAGACUGCGCAUGGUGCCAUAGUUUCGGCAAUUCUGAUUCCCGCUGCCCUUACAGCCCUCUUUGGUGGUCAUCUCGCUGAUUCUUUGGGGCGCGUGAAGGCCAUUGCGCUAGGAGCUGCAAUAUUUGGCGUCGGGGCAGCGCUUGAAGCUGGAGCUGCACACAUUGCAAUGUUCGUCGUUGGACGCGGCCUUGCUGGGGUGGGAGAAGGGUUUUUCUUGAGUACUAUAUCAGUCUAUGUCACUGAAAUCAGUCCUCCACGUAUUCGUGGCCUCAUAGGCGGUAUUCCACAAUUUUUUAUCUCCUUCGGCCUCUGCGCAGGCUACUUCGUGUGUUACGGCAGCGCCAACAUCCUCUCAUCCCUCUCUUGGCGCCUCCCUUUUGCCAUCCAGUCUCUUGUCGCAUUCAUUUUCCUCGUCAUCACAUUCAGCCUUCCAGAAUCUCCCCGCUGGCUCACGUCCAUGGGUCGCAAGCAAGACGCAGCGGCGAACUGGGAGAAACUCGAGGUCUUGGCUGAAGAUCGCGAGGCAAUCGUUGAAGACACAGAGUUGACUCUCCAUCACACAAUCUCUCGCCCGGCCUCUGUCGUUGUCAAGAGCAAAAUCAAUACGCUCUUCGCUGUUUUUUCCCCAACGGCUUGGAGGCGCACAACACUUGGUAUUUUCCUCAACGCCGCCCAGCAGCUGUCCGGCAUCGACGGCGUGCUCUACUACGCGCCUACCCUCUUUCUUAAUGCAGGACUCUCAUCGUCCAGCGCCUCCUUCCUAGCUUCUGGUGUCUCGGCACUUCUAAUUUUCGUUACCACCAUUCCCGCUUUCCUGCUCGCAGAUCACUGGAAUCGCAGGACAAAUAUCUUAACUGGAGGUAGCAUUCAAGCUAUGUGUAUGAUUAUCAUCGGUGCGCUCUAUGCGUCUGGUCAAGUCUCACCCGGCAGCGCCGGUGCUUGGACCGUGAUCGUGCUUAUCUACGUCUUCACCAUCGGUUUCUCCGGGACCUGGGCAGUCGUCAUUCGCGUCGUUACCUCGGAGGUUCAACCAGCAGCUACGAGAGCAGCUGCAACUAGCUUGGCUCAGGCAACAAAUUGGUUUGUAAAUUUUAUCGUUGCUCUUACCACCCCUUUAUUCCUAGCUCGGAGUGCUGGUGGCGUAUAUUUUAUGUUUGGGUUCAGUAGCGUCAUUGCGGUCGUGGUUUGCAUGUUGUGGAUGCCAGAGACAAGGGGUAGGAACCUUGAGGAUAUCGAGGGGAAUUUUAAUGGAAAGAAGAGGGGAACUGAGGGUCAGCUGCCUAUAAAUGAGAAAAGGCAAGGACGUGGUAUGGGCGAGACAGUUGGUACCUAAUUUUAGUAGUUCUUAAGGGGCCGACAGUUGGAGGACGAGUGAUUAUUCCAUUAACGAUGCUACUUAGUACAGAUAACUAUAUAAUACAUAUGAAGACC